AACUUUGAUGGCAGAGAAUACUCAGUCGGAGAACAAGUUGUGAUCGAGCACUGUUUAGGCGCCAUGACGUGCAAAGGAAACAACCUCUGGGACGACCUACAGCAAUGGGGGGGCAUCUGUCCAAAUAAAAGAUCUGAUGAUGGCCAAACUGGGUGUCUGUUUGAUGGACAUGUAUAUCAGAAAAUGGACAAAAUCGUCUUCGGCGGAUGUCUUGGAGAAAUGACGUGCUUGGGUCACAGUCUGUAUACCAGUAUCACACCUUUGUUCGGCGAUUGUUCAAAGACCAUGACAAGACGUUCUGAAGAUGGACAGAGUGGGUGUUGGUUUGAUGGGCGAGUCUACUCUACUAGGGAGGAGAUUCUUAUAAGACCAUGCCUCGGAAAAAUGACCUGUUUGGGCGAAAAUAAUCUCAGCAACAUCACACCACUAUACGGAAUCUGCGAAGCUAAACGAACUGUAAAUGGUCAAGAUGGAUGUCUCUAUGAUGGUAUGGUUCUAAAAGCUGGCGAGACCAUCACUAUUCAGGGAACAACAACUGAACUCAUGUGUCUCGGACACAACUUGUAUAAAGAAUUCAUUCAUUAAGAAAACAUGAGCAAAUGAUGUACAUAUCUCAUCGAUCAAAUAUUUAUGGCGUGUUUAUGUUUUCA